AUGAAGGCAACCUCAAACGGGGUGUUCCAAGGGGAUGAUCCUCUGCAUUACGCGCUUCCUCUGCUCAUCAUUCAGAUUUGCAUGGUGGUCGUGCUCACCCGGGGCCUCGCCUACAUCCUUCGCCCACUUAGGCAGCCGCGUGUCAUUGCAGAGAUCAUCGGAGGAGUUCUACUUGGUCCAUCAGCCUUAGGCCGCAACACUGCCUACCUCCACACUAUUUUCCCCGCACGCAGCCUUACCGUCCUCGACACCAUCGCCAACCUCGGCCUCCUCUUCUUCCUCUUCCUCGUCGGCCUCGAGCUCGACCCCAAAUCCCUCCGGCGCACGGGCGGCCGCGCCCUCUGCAUCGCCCUCGCCGGCAUCACCCUCCCCUUCGUCCUCGGCAUCGGCACUUCCUUCGCCCUCCGAGCCACCAUCUCCCCCGGCGUCUCCCAGGCCCCUUUCCUCGUCUUCAUGGGUGUCGCCCUCUCCAUCACCGCCUUCCCCGUCCUCGCCCGCAUCCUCGCCGAGCUCAAGCUCCUCACCACCGACGUCGGCCGCAUGGCUAUGUCCGCCGCCGCCGUCAACGACGUCGCCGCCUGGAUCCUCCUCGCCCUCGCCAUCGCUCUCUCCGGCACCGGAAACUCCCCCCUCGUCUCCCUCUGGGUCUUCCUCUGCGGGGCCGCCUUUAUAACCGGGUGCAUCCUCGUGGGCCCGCCUGUAUUCAACUGGAUGGCCCGGCGGUGCCCCGAGGGAGAGCCCGUCAACGAGAUCUACGUCUGCGCCACGCUCACGGCGGUGCUCGCAGCCGGGCUGGCGACCGACGCGAUAGGGAUCCACGCGCUGUUCGGGGCGUUUGUGCUUGGGGUGCUUGUUCCAAAGGAGGGGCCGUUCGCGGGCGCCCUCGUGGAGAAGGUCGAGGAUCUCGUCUCCGGGUUGUUCCUCCCGCUCUACUUCGUGUCGAGCGGGUUGAAGACGGACGUGGCCACGAUACACGGGGCACAGUCGUGGGGGCUUCUCGUGCUCGUCAUAUUCACCGCGUGUUUCGGGAAGAUUGUGGGCACGGUUGUCGUCUCGUUGUUGUGUAAGGUGCCAUUGAACGAGGCCCUCACCCUUGGCUUCCUCAUGAACACUAAAGGCUUGGUUGAGCUCAUUGUCCUCAACAUAGGCAAAGAUCGUGGGGUCCUCAAUGACCAAACAUUUGCCAUAAUGGUCCUCAUGGCCCUAUUCACCACCUUCAUCACCACUCCCACAGUCAUGGCCAUCUACAGACCGGCCCGGAUGGCCCGACUAGAGUACAAGGACCGAACCAUCCAGAAAAGAAAACCGAACGCCCAACUCGAGAUACUCACAUGCUUCCACAGCACCAAGAACAUCCCAACCUUAAUCAACCUCAUGGAGAUCUCGAGAGGCACCGGCAAGAAGACCGGCCUCCGCGUCUACGCCAUGCACCUCACCGAGCUCUCCGAACGCUCCUCCGCCAUUCUCAUGGUCCACAAGGCCCGCAAAAACGGGAUGCCCUUUUGGAACAAGGGCAAAGCCGACUCAAACCAGAUUGAGGUCGCAUUCGAGACUUUCGAGCAUCUCAGCCAGGUCUCGAUCCGGCCAAUGACCGCGAUCUCACACAUGUUCAACAUGCACGAGGACAUCUGCUCGAGCGCCGAGAGCAAACGUGUCUCCAUGAUCAUCCUCCCCUUCCACAAGCACCAGAGGUUCGACGGCCACCUGGAGACCACGCGGUCCGAGCUGAGGCACGUGAACCGCAGGGUACUCGAGCACGCGCCUUGCUCGGUCGGGAUCCUGAUCGACCGCGGGCUGGGUGGGGCGGCCCACGUCUCGGCCAGCAACGUCGACUACACUAUCACGGCCCUGUUCUUUGGCGGGCCCGACGACCGUGAGGCCCUCUCAUACGGGGCCCUCAUGGCCGAGCAUCCCGGGAUCAGCCUUAACGUAGUCCGGUUCGUGCUAGACCGGGGUUCGAGUCCCGCGGGGGGUAGCGUGGCUGUCGACAUUGAUGACAGCCCGGAGUCAAGGUCGGAUGACGAAGAGUUUGUCUCGGAUUUCAAGAGCAAAGUAUCCAAAGACGGGUCGAUCAAGUUCGAGGAGCGGGUGGUGGCCGGCGCUGACGUGGCAGUCGACGUCAUCCGGUCGUUUGGCCGCUGUACACUUUACCUGGUGGGGAGGAUUCCGGAGGGCCAGCUGGCGGCGGAGCUCAACAAGAAGAGCGUGGGCUGCGAGUGUCCGGAGCUUGGGCCGGUCGGGAACCUGUUGAUCAUGCCGGAGUUCAAGACGGCGUCGGUGCUGGUGGUGCAGCAGUACAGGGAACAACUGACAGGGAAUGCGUUGACUUCGUUGAGGGAAGAGGAUACCACUGGCACUGAGGGAGAUUAUGACUCCCAAUAA